UUUCAUUCCUGUCUGCUUGAUAGUUCUCACAGCUAUGUCUGGAAAAGAUAAACUUGCAAUUUUCCCUUCUCGGGGGGCGCAGAUGUUAAUGAAAUCCCGUUUACAUGGGGCACAAAAAGGUCAUGGUUUGUUAAAGAAGAAAGCAGAUGCAUUACAAAUGCGUUUUAGAUUAAUUCUGGGUAAAAUUAUUGAGACCAAGACUCUUAUGGGAGAAGUAAUGAAAGAGGCAGCUUUUUCAUUGGCUGAAGCUAAAUUUGCAACUGGAGACUUUAAUCAAGUAGUUCUUCAGAAUGUAACAAAAGCACAGAUUAAAAUUAGGUCUAAGAAAGACAAUGUUGCUGGUGUUAAUCUUCCAGUAUUUGAAUCCUAUCAAGAUGGUACAGAUACAUAUGAGUUAGCAGGUUUGGCACGAGGUGGUCAACAAUUGGCAAAAUUGAAAAAAAAUUAUCAAAGAGCAGUCAAAUUGUUAGUAGAGUUAGCAUCCCUACAAACAAGCUUUGUAACCUUGGAUGAAGUAAUUAAGAUAACAAAUCGUCGUGUAAAUGCCAUUGAGCAUGUUAUUAUUCCAAGAAUUGAGAAAACUCUUGCUUACAUAAUUUCUGAGCUGGAUGAAUUGGAAAGAGAAGAAUUUUAUCGAUUAAAAAAGAUUCAGGACAAAAAGAAAAUAGCAAAAGCUAAGCUUGAUGCAGUUAGAGCAGAAAUGAUAGCUGCUGGUAGAGAUAUAGAAACUGCAAAUAUGCUUGAUGAAGGAGAUGAUGAUAUUUUAUUUUAAACACUGUACAUAACUUGUUUUCAUAUUCUAAAGUAUUAAAAAAAAAGUGUUAUAACUUUGAAUGAAUGUGUUAAAGAAUGAAUCCAGUGAAGUAUGAAAACAAAUAUAGACCUUCCACAAAAAUCCUUGGACAAUACUAAUGUCACAGUAUAGUUAUAAAUAAGAUUGUAUUAUUAAAAUGCACAAGCAAAUAAUACUAAUUUUAUGGUAUUUUUAACAUCUUUUAAUUAUGAUGUGAUAUACAUCAUAUUGAAAUAUACCAUCUUAAAAAUUGUUAAUAAUAUCU